AUGCUAGCCGGCGAACUGUCAGCUUCUGCCCUCCGUAUACGGUGCCUCCGUUUACUCCUUCCUUCGCCGUUCCCUUCCUCCCGUCGGCGUGUUCUACUCCGGUUCUGCCGGAGGUUUACAACAACCGGUUGCGCCGCCACCGCAGCGGCAAGGAAAGAUAAGGUAAUCGUGAUUUCCGGCCCCACCGGCGCCGGAAAGAGCAGACUCGCCUUGGAACUCGCCAAGCAGCUUCAGGGAGAAAUCAUAAGUGCUGACUCCGUCCAGGUAUAUCGUGGUCUGGAUGUUGGAUCAGCGAAACCUUCUAAGAGUGAAAGACAGGAAGUGCCACACCAUCUGGUUGACAUACUAAACCCGUCCGAUGAUUAUUCAGUUGGAAAAUUCUUUAGAGAUGCACGGCAGGUCACACAAGACAUUCUCAACCGUGGCCGCGUUCCAAUAGUUGUUGGUGGGACCGGACUGUACUUGCGAUGGUAUGUAUAUGGGAAACCUGAUGUUCCACAAGCUUCGAUAGAAGUUGCCUCUCAAGUUUACUCUGAACUUGCUGAACUCGAGAGAAGUGAUGAUUGGGAUGCUGCAGUGCAGUUAGUGGUCAAAGCAGGUGAUCCAAAGGCACAAGAUUUAGCCACCAAUGAUUGGUACAGGUUGCGACGCAGUCUAGAGAUAAUCAAGGCUAGUGGAUUGCCUCCAUCUGCUUUUCAAGUUCCGUAUGAUUCUUUCAAGGAACAAUCUAUAUCAAAUUCAACAAGCAACUCAUCCAUCGAUGGUUCAUCUAAGGAUGUAAAUUCAAAUGAUUUAGACUAUGAGUUUAAUUGUUUUUUCCUCUCAAGCCCCAGACUUGAUCUAUACAGGUCAAUUGAUUACCGAUGUGAAGUAAUGCUUUCAGAAAGUCCCGGGUUUUUAUUGGAGGCGAAAAUGCUACUUGACAUGGGUCUUCUUCCAAAUUCCAAUUCUGCUACUCGAGCAAUUGGUUAUAGACAGGCGAUGGAGUACCUUUUAAGCUGUAAACAUCAAGGAGGCAGGAGUUCUCCUGGAGAAUUUCAUGCCUUUCUGGCUGAUUUUCAGAAAGCAUCUAGAAACUUUGCAAAAAGACAAAUGACAUGGUUUCGUAAUGAGCGUAUCUAUCAUUGGCUUGAUGCUUCUAAGCCUAUGGAAAGAGUUCUGAACUUUGUGCAUGAUGCUUACCAUGAUCACUCAAAAAAUCUUAUUGUGCCCGAGUCUCUUGGAAUGCCGAGAGAUGCGUCUAGCAGGCAAGAACUUGCUGAGCUCAAGAAGUACCGCGCUAGGAACAGGCAUUUUGUCAACCGUGAUGCUUGUUACGACAUCAUCGAAUGGAUGACCCAAACCCAAAGCGAAUCCAUGGUUUCGCUAUCAGAAAGAAAAGAGGCCAGGAGUGGAAGAAGAAGAAGAAAAAGAAAACCAAUAAUACACAGUAUGGAUAGCGCAUUGGGGUACUAUUUGCUACCGUUCCUGCUCAUCGUCGUCGCCGGCGUGUGGUUGACGAGCAGGAAGAGGAAGAACAACAACCAGAAGAAGAAGCUAGCACCACCAGGGCCAUGGCAGCUGCCCUUCAUCGGUAACCUCCACCAGCUGGUGCUGCUGAGCAUCACCACGCAUCUGCCGCCGCACGAGGUGGUGCGGCGGCUGGCCCGGGAACACGGGCCCGUGAUGCGGCUCAGGCUCGGCGAGGUCACCACCGUCUACCUCUCGUCCGCCCGAGCCGCAGAGCAGGCGAUGAAGGUUCACGACGUGGCCUGCGCCACGCGGCCAUUUAGCGCCGUAGGGGAGAUCAUCCACUACGGCUGCAAGAACCUUGUGUUCCUCCCCUACGGGGAGGAGUGGAGGCGGCUCAGGAAGCUGUGCGUGGUGGAGUUGCUCAGCGCUAGGCGUGUCAUGUCGUUCCGCUCCAUCAGGAUGGAGGAGGUCUCCAAUCUCGUCACGAGAUUGGAGACCACCUCCCAGCAGAAGGAGAGAGGACAUCAAUCAGUGGAUCUGAAGCCACUGUUGUUGUCCCUGGCCAACGUGAUCACUUCUCGUUCAGCUUUCGGGAUGGACUCGUCCCGGGAGCUGAACGAGGAGUUUGUCAGGAUUGUCGAGGGUGUGAUGGGUUUGUUUGGAGCCUUCGGGCUCUCCAAGAUGUUUCCUUCGCUAAAAUUUCUUCCGAUUAUCAGCGGGUUUCGAUCCAGGGUUAUGGCCCUGCAUCGAGCAGUGGAUUCGGUGCUGAACGAAGUCAUCAGGCAACACAUGGUAGCUAGAACUAGAAAGGUUCAUGGUGAUGAUGCAACAGAGGAUCUGGUGGAUAUUCUUCUCAACAUUCAACAAAAUAAUGCUGACCAGGCCUUCCCCUUGACCAUGGAUUCUGUCAAGGCUGUCCUCCUUGAUAUUUUUAUUGGUGGGACUGAUAGUACAGCAGUAACAAUAGAAUGGGCGAUGUCGGAAAUGAUGAAAAAUCCAAGUGUAAUGGCAAGGGCUCAAACUGAGGUGAGAAGUGUCUUUCCCGACCGUGUUAGUGAAGAAGGACUCAGCGAAUUGGUGUACUUGAACGCGGUAAUCAACGAGACUCUUCGGUUGCACCCUCCGGGUCCGAUGCUUCCAAGGCAAAAUCAAGAGAAGCUGGAGAUCGAUGGCUACGAGAUCCCGACAAAAACUCCAAUCAUGGUCAAUGUCUGGGCCAUAGGAAGAGAUCCGAGCUACUGGCCCGAAGCCGAGAAGUUCGACCCGGAUAGGUUCCUCGGCUCUUCGAUCGACUACAGAGGAACACAUUUCACGUUCCUGCCAUUUGGCGCCGGAAGAAGGAUGUGCCCCGGAAUACAGUUUGGUAUGGUCACCGUUCAGCUCGCGCUGGCAAACUUGCUUUUUCAUUUCGACUGGAAACUGCCCCACGGAAUGAAACCCGAAGAUUUGGACAUGAGAGAGGUGUUUAAAAUCGGGCUCAAGAGGAAACAAAACCUAUGCCUGAUCCCCGUUCCCGUGGCAAGUAGAAAUUAA